AUGGCGGAGAGGCAGCCAACUGAUCAGCAGCAUGGACUUGAUUCACAAUCUCCUGCUUCUGCUGCUGCAAUAGCAUCCAAGGAUGAUAUGAUUGGCUAUGUCAUGGCAUUGGAGGCUGCUUUGCUUCCAUGUUUGCCUGCCAGGGAGCUCCAAGCCAUCGACCGUUCUCCUCAUCCUUCUCAUCAGAUUGAUGUGGCGCGCCAUGCUAGAGAUUUCAUGGAGGCUGCCAAGAACCUUCAACUCUAUUUUGUUGGUUUGCAGCGAGAGGAUCAGCCUACCAAAGCAGAAACCCUUCGGAGGGAGAUUACCAGAAUGGAAGAAGAAUUGAAAUUGAAGGAUGACCUUAUCCGUCAGCAAGAGAGAAUUAUUCAAGGAUGGAGGAAGGAGUUAAAGGAGCAAUUGGACAAGCACAACACUGAAUUGGAAAGGGUGUAA